AUGCCAAGCUACAAAUGGCUAACGUUCGAAACAAAAGAAAAGUCUGAAGAAAAAAUGGGACAAAUAUCUAAAUCACGCUUUCAACGUAAUAAAGUCGGUAGAAAAUCUUAUCACGAAUCAUGUCCAGAAAUGAUAACUGAAUUAAAAAAUUUAUUAAAUACACACAGUGGUUCUGCACAAGACAGACGUCGUGAUGAUGCAAUACGUUUCAAUGCUUUAUCAAUAGUUGAUUGUAACAAACAUAUAAAAAAACGAUUAAUGAAGGAAUACUCGAAAAUCAAUAAAAUGUCCAAUUCCACUGUUCGUCGUUUUUUUUUACCACCAAAACAAAAUAUUCGAAGUAGUGCACCAGCCGUCAGUCGUUAUGUGCGCAGUAGAAAAUUCCAUCUAGUUGGAAAUCAACCAAAUUUACCUGACCAUGAUUUCCCAAAACAUGGUAUUAGAAUCAAUCCAUCUGCAUAUGUUGUAUUAUCAAAUCAACGUAAACGUUCAUCUAGUGUUGAUAGCCAUGCAUCAUAUGAAUUAAAGGUCAAAAAAAGAUCAAGAUCAUGUGAUAGGCGACUAUUUCCAGAUAUAAAGCAACAUACUAUUAUGACGACCGAUAAAAGAAACUUUGAACAUGUUAUAUGGAGCAGAACCGGACAAUUAUUUAUUCGUCCAUUUGGUUCUGGGACUGACCAUACAAUAAAAGCAACCAGCGAAGUUCAUAUAAAUAAUUUACAACAGAUAACAACAGAAAAUAAUAUGUUACUUCAAAAAAGUGUUAUUACCAUCAUAUCUGAUAAUGGUCCGGAUUGGAGUACUGAUUGUAUGGCGAACAUUUAUAACUUAGGAAGAUUUUGGGAAGAACAAAAAUUGGAUGCAUUAAUCUGGGUCAGCUACGCUCCAGGACAUAGUCGUUUUAAUCCAGUUGAGCGUAUGUUCUCAAGAUUAACUGAUCUAUUACAAGGUGUUAUUAUUGAUUUGGAUCCGUCAUUUAAAAAAACAUCGCAACAACUUGAUCUAGCAUUAAUUGAAUUGUGUAAAUACUGGAAUAAUAAAAGUUAUUGUAAUUAUAAAAUUGACUGUGGUCCAAUGUUUUCUGUUAAUGGAAAUGUAUUUGAUGGCCAUGAAAAAUUAAAGAAAUUAUUAAUGAAUAAAUCACAAAUGCAAAUAGAACAAAAUCCAAAUAUACAAUUUAGUUUACAACUUUAUCUUCGUCAUUGUGUUCGUUCCACAUAUUAUACGUCGUUUAUUAAAUGUGAUGAUAAAUAUUGUGUACAUUGUCCUCGUUAUCCAAUUCGUGCUACAAAAACAAU